AUGUCCACCGAAAAAGUGACAAGUAAGAGAGGGGAUUUGCCUGCUCCUCUACUGACUAGUCGGGCGAAGCCCUCCCGGCCUUGGCGUCGUCUAUUGGUACUCACAGCAGCUUGCGGCUACGCACUCCUAUCUGCCACGACGCGCCGAGAGCUCUUCCCAUUGAACUUGAAGCACGGCCAUCACGAUGAGGCCGUGUGUUUCCAACCAAAUGAACUCACUCCAACCAAGAACGGUGAUCUAUGGACGGAGAUAGGAUCCACUAUCAGCACAGAUACGUUCAAGACGAAGGCGAUUGAAUGGUUGGCAGGAGCUGUUCGCGUUCCUACGGAGUCGCACGAUAAGAUGGGCCCCAUUGGCUCCGAUCCGCGCUGGGAGGUCUUUGUGCCGUUCCACGCUUACCUACUUUCUGCUUUCCCUUUGGUUCACUCUACGCUUGCCCUGACGAAAGUCAACACAUACGGAUUGUGGUACGAAUGGACUGGUUCCGACGCGUCAUUGAAGCCGCUUUUGCUUGCUGCGCAUCAAGAUGUCGUUCCUGUAGAUCCCACCACCGUCGAUCAGUGGGAGCAUCCACCAUACUCUGGAUUCUUCGAUGGCGAACGAAUCUGGGGUCGAGGUACUAGCGACGACAAGGGCGGGUUGAUUGGCAUCCUGUCCACUAUAGAAACACUCUUGGCCAAUGGAUUCAAACCCACACGCACGGUAGUCCUCGCCUUUGGAUUUGACGAAGAGACCAAUGGUGUCCACGGCGCUGGUCAUCUUGGCAAAGCGCUCGGCGAACACUACGGUGAACGCUCCUUCGCAAUGGUCGUAGAUGAAGGAGCUGGCUUUAUGGAGACCUUCGGUACCGUUUUCGCCACGCCCGGAAUCGCCGAGAAGGGUGGCUUGGAUGUCAGAGUUGACGUGACCUCUGCGGGCGGUCACUCUUCAAUUCCACCUAAACAUACCAGCAUUGGUAUACUCGCGGCCUUGCUAGUCGAGUACGAAUCGAACCCAUAUGAAGUCCACAUUGACCCCCAUUCACCUGUCUUCGGUACUCUCUCCUGCUUUGCGGAGCACGCAAAGCAGCUUCCUUCGGACCUUCGCAAGGCGAUCAAACAGGCACCCCAUUCCAAGAAGGCCAUGCGCAAACUGGAAAAUGUGAUUUUAGCAGACAAUAUGUAUAGGAGUCUCAUAGGCACUACUCAAGCCAUCACUUUGACUCAGGGUGGCGUGAAAUCUAAUGCCCUACCCGAGCAGGCUUGGGCAGUGAUUAACCAUCGCAUCGCGACGGAGAGCUCGGUCGCCGCCACAGUGGAGCACGACACCCAGUUACUCAAAUCUCUGGCAAACAAAUUCAACCUCACAUACACCAGCUUCGGGGCGCAGAUCUCUGCGAAGGACGCGCCAUCUAGCGGAACGCUCACUCUCAGCGACGCAUGGGGUACCGCACUGGAGCCAGCGCCCAUAACUCCUACAGGGCGGGACGCAGCGCCGUACGCUCUCCUCGCUGGGACCAUCAAGGCCACCUUCAACUCCCACCGAUCGCUCCAGGGCAACAACAUCGCUAUGAGCCCGGGUAUAAUGACUGGGAACACGGAUACGAGAUAUUAUUGGAAGCUUUCUGACCAUAUCUUCCGGUACAAUCAUCAAAACCAAGGAAACGGCACUGAUGUGCUUGGUGGAAUACACACAGUAAACGAAUAUAUUGGUGUGGAUGCAUUCCUCGAGAUGAUCAGGUUCUUCACCACGUUGAUCCUGAACGCGGAUGAGAGCGUUACACUGUAA